UAGACAGAGGACAGAAGAGGCAUCCACUUGGCGGGAACUUCCUCAAACUUAGAGGGGCUUUGGGACGGACGGAGGGCCCGAACCAUGCGAUUCCGCGUAAGGAAUUGCAUGUUGUCUCAAACAAAAGCCCAGCAGAGCGCCCUUUAUUCGCUUUGCCCCAAGGGUCCUCAAGGCGGCCCCUGCGGCCCUCUCACUCUUAGCUAGUGAUCAAUAUCGGCUGGGUCUAUCCCUCGCAGAAAAAUGGCUAUCCGGACCGGACGCUGCCUUUUUUUUUGCUGCGGUCCAGAGCAAAAGAGAGGCACACAAAAGUUAGUUAGAGCUGCGGUUACUCUCCCUCUCUCUCUCUUCUCGCAUGUGCACUCUCUAUCCUCUACCUUGCGGCUUCGGAUUCAUGCUCAACUCCUCCAUCCUUGUCAGCCUACGAAGUACCUUACCUCGUGCGCCCCCCCCCCUCUCUUCCCGAAGGCUGUGUAUGUCAAAAAAGUGUCAGCCUGAAGUUCGGGGUCCUAGUUGCCCGUUCGAAUCCAUAUCCCGGCGUCCCGGGGGCGCAAGGCCACUCGGCGACCAGCCCAACGCUGAACGGCUUACGGCACCAACGGCAACGGCACCACAACGGAGCCAACGGCCACUCCUAAUUGGCGUUCUGGCGUGUCCGUUUUUGGUCGGCGGGAUCCGGGGUCGGGAAGAAUUUGUUUGGCUUAUAGAGGCUGUAAAUGUGAGAAUUGGGCCUUCCCGACGGAGGUAUGGGCGAACAAUGCAUACUCUAGGAGAACGCGACACCAAAUAUAGGCAGUAUGGAGAAUUCUCAGAGAUAUUGAAGAGUACUCGUAUGCUUCCGUGCCCUGUGAAACGUGAUGGGCUGAGUGGUUGUUCCAAUCAAAUUUGCUUUGCUUUGCUUUGAGAGCUAUUUUCUGCCCAUUUUGUUUGUUUCUGUUACUAUUCCUAACCUUUGAGUAUCACAAGUAAAGCUUGUGCUAUUGAAACUGCAAUACUUUGC